GAUCCCUUCCCCCAGCACACACUCAAACUCUGCAGAGCUGGUAGGAGAGUUGCCACCGAAGAAAAGAAAGCCUUUGGUUUCUCACUGCUAGAAUUCAGGAGGAAAGUGAGAGGUGUAAGAUAGAGGGGGGCUAGAGGAAGAACACAAGGAAAGAGGGGGAAGGAGGGAAAGACAGACAUAGGGGUGAGGCAGGGGGAAGGAACAGAGGCAACCUGAGAUGGGAAAAAAGGUGGAUGAUGGAAAAGUUCAGGGAGAGGAAGAGAGCAAAGCGGGGAGGGGGAGACACUAGGGGAAGUCCCUGUGCUUCCUUAGCUGAUGUGUGGAGAAACUGGACAAAGAGCAGCCAGGAGGAAACAGAGCUCCGUAAGCAUCUGGAUGGCAUGGGCAAAUGUGCAGAAAGAAAGCAAGGGAGGAAGCUCGGCCACGCCCCAUCUCUCUCCCUCUGAGAUCCAGGGUUGUGGGGCUACUGGCACAGUCCUCCCCACCUCACUUCCCACCUGUGAUCCCUCUAACGUUUACAAAGCCAAUAUCCCAGCCAUGCUCGUCCCCGUACCUCCACCCAGGACAGUUGUCCCUUCCCACAAGCAGGCCUGGGAAUGGACACUGAGGAGGAAGGAUUUUGAGAGCUACAACAGGUGACAGGCUCCACAGAGAUUACCUGAGGGAGGGAAACCAAGCAGGAGAGAGAACGCGCAACUACCAGGUUGAGGGGGAUAAGAGAAAGAUAGACUUGGACAGGUAAAGAGAGGGGCAGACUGUGGGCCGCCAUCCACCAUGCCUCCAUCCAUAGGGUACAGAAAAGCAGUCCCUGCAGUCAGCCUCUUCUACACCUUUGUUUGACCUGAAGCUGUCAUCUUUAGGAUACCGUGGGGCUCCCCCAUGACCCCUCUGGGGUCUUUUUCCUUUAGAAAAAGCAUUAAUUAAGACUUGACUCUAGUGCCCUAUCUUGGCUCCAGGCAGAAAAGAAGGCUGUUGGGUACAGGGGUAAUAAGGCUGUCUAUGGAUGAGCAUUCCUCCCGGAGAGUUGGAGGCUGGACCUAACACCUCAGGCUCUCCCCAAGCGGCAGCUCAGCAGCCCAAGCUCCUCCCCAGUACUCAGACAAGCUGGGAACCCCACUCCAGCUGCUGGCGACUGUGCCUUUAAAUUGCUGCUUUCGGAGGGUGCAUCUAGGGGGAUGUGGGAGGGAGGGAAACAUCUUUCUACCGGGCUCCUUCCUCCCUCCCCUCCAAGACUCUCCAGGGUUUGCAGGGUGAUUGCUACCCAAAGAGAAUCUUUUCUGGCUCCCUGACCGGCAGGCUGAGGCCCUUCCUCAGUCCAAGACAAGUCCAAGCCGGAGCUGGAGCUGAGAGGGUUAUUCGUGUCAGGUUCAGUUCCAGAGGAAUAGUUCUAGACCCUGACUGCUAAGGACAGGGCAGAAAAGAGUCAGGAGAGGAAAAAGAGCUCAACUCCUGGCCCAGCCACACAGGCUCCUUAUUCCAGCCCAAGUUGGAGAAGGGCUCUAUACUGUUGGCUUUCCCACAGGGAUACCUGCUCUCACCUUGGCAGCCAGGCUGAGAAAGGACUCCAAGGUCCCUCUGCAGAAUGGCAACUCUUGUUCCUGCAACCCUCUUCCUUCUUCUCUGGACCCUGCCAGGGAAGGUCCUCCUCAGUGUGGCUUUGGCAAAAGAGGAUGUCAAAUCUGGGCCCAAAGGGUCCCAGCCCAUGUCCCCCUCUGAUUUCUUGGAUAAGCUAAUGGGACGAACAUCUGGAUAUGAUGCCAGGAUUAGGCCCAAUUUCAAAGGCCCACCUGUGAAUGUGACCUGCAACAUCUUCAUCAACAGUUUUGGCUCCGUCACUGAGACCACCAUGGACUACCGGGUAAAUGUCUUCUUGCGGCAACAGUGGAACGACCCACGCCUGGCCUACCGAGAAUAUCCUGAUGACUCUCUGGACCUAGACCCCUCCAUGCUCGACUCUAUCUGGAAGCCAGACCUCUUCUUUGCCAAUGAGAAAGGGGCCAACUUCCAUGAGGUGACCACAGACAACAAGUUACUACGCAUCUUCAAGAAUGGGAAUGUGCUCUACAGUAUCAGAUUGACCCUCAUUUUGUCCUGCCCAAUGGACCUCAAGAACUUCCCAAUGGACAUCCAGACCUGCACAAUGCAGCUGGAAAGCUUUGGUUACACGAUGAAUGACCUUGUGUUUGAGUGGCUAGAAGAUGCUCCUGCUGUCCAAGUGGCUGAGGGGUUGACACUUCCCCAAUUUAUCUUGCGGGAUGAGAAGGAUCUAGGUUAUUGCACCAAGCACUACAACACAGGAAAAUUUACCUGCAUAGAAGUGAAGUUUCACCUGGAGAGGCAGAUGGGCUACUAUCUGAUUCAGAUGUACAUUCCCAGCCUACUCAUUGUCAUCCUGUCCUGGGUCUCCUUCUGGAUCAACAUGGAUGCUGCCCCUGCCCGCGUAGGCCUCGGCAUCACCACUGUCCUCACCAUGACAACCCAGAGCUCUGGAUCUAGAGCUUCUUUGCCUAAGGUAUCCUAUGUGAAGGCGAUUGACAUCUGGAUGGCUGUAUGCCUGCUCUUUGUAUUUGCUGCCUUGCUUGAGUAUGCUGCAGUCAAUUUUGUCUCUCGUCAGCACAAAGAAUUUUUGAGACUUCGUAGAAGGCAGAGACGCCAACGCAUGGAAGAAGACAUCAUACAAGAAAGCCGCUUCUAUUUUCGUGGCUAUGGCCUAGGACACUGCCUACAAGCAAGGGAUGGAGGUCCAAUGGAAGGUUCCAGCAUUUAUAGUCCCCAACCUCCAGCCCCUCUUCGAAAGGAGGGAGAAACCAUGAGAAAAGUCUAUGUGGACCGAGCCAAGAGAAUUGACACUAUCUCCAGGGCUGUCUUCCCCUUUACUUUUCUUGUCUUCAAUAUCUUCUAUUGGGUUGUCUAUAAAGUUCUAAGGUCAGAAGAUAUCCACCAGGCACUGUGAAUAGGGUGGAGGCUAUAGUGUACAGCUUCUGGCUUCCUGCUUUCAGCUGGGUGGGCUUUUCCCUUCCAUCAAACUCUGUCAGGAGCUUGAACAGUUCCUUCUUGACCUCCCACUCAUAAGGUCAAUCACCAGUUCCCAAGCUUUAUGGGAACUGCCUAGUGCCAACGGUGGCUGUACUUACAAACAUGGCUUAUCUACCCAAUCCAGAUUUACUGCUUACUCUGCC